GAUCACUUCACUGUACACUCAGCUUACCUACCAUUACCAACCUCAAACCUCCACCACUUUUUCCGGCGAACCACCAUGCUUUCUCCCAAACUAAUCCUCAUCACCGUCGCCGUUAUCUUCACGGCUGUCGGAAUAAACGCCUCUCUCCCAUUCGCCACCACCCACCUCCCUCUCCUCUGGAGCUUCAUCCUCGUGUGCUUCCAGCCUCCUUACCUCUACGUCAUCGUCAACGCCAUCAUAAUCUCCAUCGUGGCCUCCUCCCGGUUCCAUCUCUCCUCCACCGAAUCCAACUCACACUUAAAUUCUCAACAGCAGACUAUUCCUUCACUUCCAGAACCACCGGUUCUCGAAGUGAAGGCGAUCCUAGUCGAAGAAGAACCAGAAGAGAUGAAAGAAAUCGACCUCGGAAUGGCGCUGCAGAGGAUGGACUCACCGGAAUUUCCAUCACCGGCGGAGAAGCCUCUCGUUUCUUCUAGAUUCCAUCACCGGAAACCGUUUAAACCAAGUCCUGAAGGGGGAAGGUCGUUGAAGGUGGUGAAGGCGAAACGGCAUCACGAGACGUUGGAGAACACGUGGAAGGCGAUAACGGAGGGUCGAUCGAUGCCAUUGAGCAGGCACGUCAGGAAAUGCGACACGUGGCAUAGCCGCGGGGACACGGACCCACCGGAACCGGAAGCGGCCACCGCCGUGGACUUGACGUUGAGUCGGCCGGUGAAGCUGAGGAAAGAACCGUCGCUGAGUCAGGAUGAGUUGAACCGGCGAGUGGAAGCGUUCAUACGCAAGUUCAAUGAGGAGAUGAGGUUGCAGAGACAAGAGUCGUUGAAUCAGUACAUGCAAAUCAUUAACUAGGGUGGUGGUAGCCCUUAACAGGGUCCAAAUUCCAAACAUAAUCAUAUUUUCUAGGAAUAUUUAGACUAUAGUUAACAAAAAAAAAAUAUUGUAAAUAUUUCAAUAGGUGUAGAGUAUAGCAUUUACAUAUUUACAAAAGAAAAGAAAAAGAGUAUAGCAUUACAUCAUGCAUUUUGUUUUGUUUUGUUUUUUUUUUAAGGCCAUGUAAAUUAUGGUUGAGUUAGAGAUAUAGUAGACAAUUUUUAUUUUUCAUUUUUGAUAUGGUCCACGUAUGCAAAAUAUGGAUAUAUUGUAACAUAGAAAAAGAAACACAAAUAGAAACUAUGUGUGUGUUUGGAUUUCA